AUGGACAAGACACAAUCUUGUCACGUGCUGGCAACAGAUCCAUUCUGGAGAACGUCCCUAGCAAGCUCCGACCUGUUCCAGUGGUGGCGGGUGCAGCCCAACGCCUCGGAUGUGGUGAAUUAUGCUCCCUUCACGCUGCUCCCAUCUGCAGUACCAAGUGCCCUGUUUGAACAAGCGUACGCUGUUCAGCAAGAUUUUAAUCUGCUGAUGGAUGCUAUUAGUCAAAACCAAGAAUUCCUGGAGCAUACUCUGGCCAGUACCAUCAAGGUAGAUGACUUCACAGCUCGACUCUUCAGGAUCCACAUGCAAGUUUUGGAGGAAGGCUUGGCUCAGUCUGUGUUUUUAGGCAUAAACCGCUCUGAUUACAUGUUUGACUGUGGGGUAGAUGGGACACCGGCCCUGAAACAGAUAGAAAUAAACACCAUUGCUGCCAGCUUCGGAGGCCUCACCUCCCGCACUGCGGCGGUCCACGGGCGAGUGCUGAAAGUUCUGGGAAAGUCUGAGGAGGCAUCACGCCUGCUGCCCAACAACCCAUCAAAAGAACUUGCCUUGGGUAUUGCGAAAGCCUGGGAGCUCUAUGGUUCUCAAAGUGCUGUGGUGAUGUUCCUGGUGGAGGAGGUCCAGAGGAACAUUUUUGAUCAGCGAUGUGUAGAAAAUGAGCUUUGGAACAGGAAUAUUCGAGUCAUCAGGAAGCGAUUCAGAGAUGUGUUUGAAAAGGGGUCUCUGGAUGAUGCCAAGAGGCUGUAUAUGGAUGGCCAGGAGGUCGCAGUGGUGUACUACAGAGAGGGCUACGUGCCAAAGAACUAUGACCAGCAGAACUGGGAGGCACGGCUGUUGCUGGAGAGGUCAAGGGCUGUGAAGUGCCCUGACAUUGCCACCCAACUCGCAGGCACCAAGAAGGUCCAGCAGGAGCUGAGCCAGCCGGGGACGCUGGAGAGAUUACUGCCUGGCCGUGCCGAGGCUGUUGCUCGAAUAAGAGCAACGUUUGCUGGACUCUAUUCCCUGGAUUUGGGUGAAGAAGGUGACAAGAUUGCUGCUACGGCUAUCGCGGACCCGGACCGUUUUGUGCUGAAGCCGCAGCGAGAAGGUGGAGGGAACAACCUCUAUGGUGAAGAGCUCAGGCAGGUUCUGAAGAAGAUCAGAGACAGCCCUGAGAGAACCUCCUACAUCCUGAUGGAUAAGAUCAAACCGCAGCCAGCAAUGAAUUACUUGCUGAGGGCUCACAGUCCCCUACAAGUGUCCGAGUGCAUCUCAGAGCUUGGUAUUUUUGGUGUCUAUGUCAGACAGGGCAAGGAGAUGGUGAUGAACAAGGCUGCUGGCCACCUCCUGCGGACGAAGGCGAUUGAGCAUGCAGACGGCGGGGUAGCAGCUGGGGUGGCAGUGCUGGACACCCCCUACUUGGUGUGAGGAGUCGAUGCCCCGUCCUGCUCUGCUGCCCAAAGAGCUGACCUGCCACAGCGAUGUUCUCCUUAGGGUGCGCUUACCAAGGCCUGAUGUGUUGGGGAUGGGUGAACACAACUGCUCCAACGUCCUGCGUGCCAGCCCCAGCCUCUCCUCUGCAAUUCCUCCCGUGGGAAGAAGGGAGUCCUUGGCUCUGCCUGCUUGGGGGGCUGUGCCCCCUGCACAUCCCAGCUGUCAUCUCCCAGGACUGCACUGCUCUGGGCGUUUCCUUGGGGCCUAGCCUGGGGGCAAGGCUAUGUACAGCAAAGCUGAAGGGUGAACGUGCCACAAGUUCCCAGUUCCAUGCUCCUUGAUGCUGCGUUAUUUCUGGAGACGCACAAAGCCUAGGGAAGGGAAGGAAAAAGGUGGAUGUGCAAGUGACAGCCUUCAGCCGCAGUGCUUUUGAGGUUAAAGAGGGGAGCCCAGCUCCCUGUACCCAUGGUCCUCCACUCCUCCUUCAGAUGCUGCUGCUGCUCUGAUUACUUUUCCCUGUGCCUGAGGAUCCUUGGGGUUCCUGCAUGAGGGACAGCUGCCCUGGUGUAAUUUGCCUAAGGGCCGCUUGCUUUUGCUUUGCCCAACUCCUUUGUUGGCCUGGGUACUCAUCCCAGAGUGCAUCUGUGCUGUGCAGGGCAGGCAGCGGUGCAGAAUGCAGCUGGCAGGCUGUGCCCUCCCCCUGGGGGGGCUGCAUCUGCACCCCUUGCUCCCCACAGCUUGGCACAAGAAUCCCUCAGUGAUGGUGGCAGUUCCCGGCGCGAUGCUGUCACAGGCAGGGUGCUGAUAAACCCUGGAUCCCCAAGGGCUUGGGCCUGUGCAUCCCAGUGCAAGUCAUGGACAGAGCGUCUCCCACCCAGUCUGCUGCUGCACGUGUGGCCCAAGAGUGGUGCUGGGGAGCCCCCACUUUGGUAAUGGUCCUGCUGGGAUGGUGGGUGGGCUGAGACUGGGAGCUUUGCAGCUGGGAAGUGAUGGAAUUGCAGGAGAGGCUGAGCAAGUGCAGCCCCCAGCUGCUUCUCUCUGGGACCAGUACCAGGGGAGAGGAGCCGUGUCUCCCUCUGGGUUUCAUGAAUGGGUGGGAACAGCACAGCAGCGGAGGGCCGGAGGCGUGCAGGGUCUCCAGCCCAUGGGCUUUUGCCUCCUCCUCCAGCCCCUCUUCCUCCUCAGCUGAGCAGUGCAAGGGGAAGCAUAAAGGAUGCACCUCUGGGGCAGCGCCAUGGUAAAGUGCCCAGGCAGCCUCAGCUCUGGGCUGUUAGUGCCUGGUGCUGCUGGGCCGUGGCCCUGUGAGCUUCAGUCAUUAAUCUGUUGCCUUGGAAAGAGGCCAGUUCUGGCUGUGUGACUGAUUCUGCGAUUCCUGGGUGGUUGGUUUGUUGGGGGGCGACUGCCCUCAGCCAGAGAU